CAAACGGCGCCGUGGCCGGCUAGAUUGCGGUGAGGGGUGUCUGUAGAAUGUGAGAAGUGGAGGAACUGCAAUUCAUUUCAAUACUGUAAUAUUAAUCAAAACUCUUUUUAAACCUGGGAGGCUGAAUAUCCUAGCUCUUUAUGGAGACAUUGUACGUAAACAAUGUCUAAGUCUUUGUAAAAGUGUUUCCCAGUAGACUAGAAAAUGGAGUCACAGCUGGACCCCAUGAAGGAUGAUUUGCCCUUAAUGGCCAACACAAAUUACAUGCUUGUAAGGCAUUAUGUAUUGGACUUGGAUGUGGAUUUUAAAAGUAAAGUUAUCGAAGGCAUCAUAGUUUUAUUCUUUGAGACUGGGAGCCAGUACCUGAAAACCAGCAGUAGUGGCAAAGAAUGCUGCCAGUCACAGUUUGAUGAAACCUAUAAAGUGAAGUCAUGUGAACCCUGCUACACGCCUGUGACAACUGUGAGUGCCUGUUCACCUAAACAGGAAUAUAAUGAUUUUGCUGUCUGUGGUAAAGGUGAAGAAGACACUUCUCAUAAAAAUGGUAACCAUAGCAACGAGGCACAGGCUUCUGGGAUUUCUAGUUCAAAGGACAUCUGUGACAUACAGAAUCAUGGGAACAAGGAUUUUCUGCUGGUACUGGACUGCUGUGAUUUAUCCGUGCUGAAGGUUGAGGAGGUAGAUGUUGCUACUGUGUCAGACAUUGAAAAAUUCACAAAGUCUGCCAAGCUAACAGAUGUUUCGAAGGAGCUGGAAAAUCUCAGGAACCAGAUUGUACAUGAGCUUGUGACUUUACCUGCAGAUCGCUGGAAGGAACAGCUACACUAUUUUACUCGCUGCAGCCGGGCACCUGGCUGUGGAGAGCUUCUGUUUACUACUGGCACUUGGAGCUUGGAGAUAAGAAAAUUAGGAGUUCAGACUCCAACAGACUUUCCUCAUGCAAUAAGAAUAUGGUACAAAACCAAACCAGAGGGAAGAUCUGUUACAUGGACUACAGACCAGAGUGGCAGGCCAUGUGUUUAUACGAUGGGAUCGCCAAUAAACAACAGAGCUCUUUUCCCAUGCCAAGAGCCACCUGUUGCCUUGUCAACAUGGCAAGCCUCAGUCCGAACAGCUGCAGACUUUGUUGUGUUAAUGAGUGGUGAAAAUUCAGCAGAGCCAGUCCAGCUUCGAGAAGGUGUUAUGAGCUGGUACUACUAUGUGACUAUGCCAAUGCCAGCAUCCACCUUCACUAUUGCUGUAGGGUGCUGGCAGGAAGUUAAACAGCAGGGCUUCACAGCUGCUAUCCAGAUAAAUACUAAGUUUUCCUUGCCAUCUUCACAAGCUGAUUUCAGAUGGCAUGAAGAAAUUUGUGGUCAUGUGGAAUACCCCUGCCGUUUCCAGGAUCCUGCUGCCAGGUUGCAGGCAGUCAUUCCUUACAGAGUCUUUGCUCCCUGUUGCCUUAUGGAAUGCUGUGAAGAACAUUUGCUUCAGCUAAUUCCUCAGUGCCUCUCAGCUGCUUACACCACACUGGGUACCCACCCCUUUUCCAGGCUUGAUGUUUUGAUAGUUCCUUCCAACUUUUCCAGCCUGGGAAUGGCUAGCCCACACAUCAUCUUCCUGUCACAGAGUGUACUAUCAGGAGGGAGCCAGCUCUGUGGAACACGUCUGUGCCAUGAAAUUGCUCAUGCUUGGUUUGGACUGGCCAUUGGUGCUCGUGAUUGGACUGAAGAGUGGUUAAGUGAAGGGUUUGCCACUUUUUUAGAAGAUAUAUUUUGGGCUAGGGCACAACAGCAGCUGUCACAUGAUGAAGUAAAAGGGCAGCAGGAAUUGAAAGCUUUACUUCGCUGGCGCCGACUCAGAGAUGAGGUGCAGAACUCUGAAGAAGAGCUGCAAGUUUUAAGGCCCAAAAAGGAGAGCACAGGAGAAACGAGUGAGUCUGGAGCAUCCGUUGUCAAACAUGGUCUUAAAGCAGAGAAAGUCUUCAUGCAGGUCCACUACCUAAAGGGUUACUUCCUUUUGCGGUCUCUGGCAAGGACAAUAGGAGAGGCUUCAUACCUUUCAUCUUUACGAAGAUUUGUCCAUAAGUUCCAUGGACAGCUAGUCCUUUCUCAGGAUUUUCUUUGCAUGCUGUUGGAAGACAUACCUGAACAAAAAGAAUCUGGAUUAACUGCAGAAAGCAUCUUCCAGAAUUGGCUUGACACUUCCGGAAUACCAAAGCCUUUGCUGGAGGAGGGUGAGACGUGGAAGGAGAGUCGGCUCGUCCAGCAAGUGAGCGGCGAGGUCACAAAAUGGAUUCGGACAAACCAGAUGAUGAGAAAAAGUGGCAAAAAGAAAAGAAGGCUGGAUGAAGUUGUUUUCCAAAAGCUUCUCCCUGACCAGCUGGUCUUACUUCUGGAGUCUCUCUUGGAGGUGAAGACAUUGUGUCCUAGAAUACUGCAGUGCUUAGAGAAAACGUACCAGCUCCGGGAGCAAGAUGCUGAGGUUCGGCAUCGGUGGUGCGAGCUUAUUGUUAAGCACAAGUAUGUGCCUGGGUAUGAAGACGUUGAGAAAUUUCUCAGAGAAGAUCAGGCAAUGGGUGUGUAUCUCUAUGGUGAAUUAAUGGUGAAUGAAGAUGUGAAACAACAAGAACUUGCACGUAAAUGCUUUGCUGCAGCACGAGAACAUAUGGAUGCAUCCUCAGCCAAAGUGGUGGCAGAGAUGUUGUUCUGAAGAGGAAAGAUGACAGAGAAACUCUUUUAAUAGAUCUCCUACUAAACCCUGAUGGUACUAGGAUUUCUUUGACCCAAGACAUCAAAGGAGGGAUUAUGUGACUGCUAAAACAAUCAUCUGACAAAACAUUUACUUCUCAGUAUUUAUGUCUUCCAGAGGCUCAGUGUACCCAAGACUGCGUGCGUACAAAACAAACUACACACAGACACGUUACUGUGGCUUUAGGUUGGUUUUUAGUACAAAAAAAAAUUGGGGUUUAUCCUUGCUCUUUGAUGAAACAACCAUUCCAGUUUGUAGAUGCCAGGAACUCUUGAUCUGAAUAAUUCCGUGCACUUCAGUAAUUUGACUUACAUUAAUAAUCCCCAAAAUUCAAUGUAACUAUAUUCCAUACUUAACAUUUUGUUUAAAAUCUUUAUGCCAAAUUAAAAAGACAAUAUAAAAUUAGCAGGAUUUGGGGUGGAGCUCAGGAGAUCAAUUGGAAGGGGAAAUACCUAUAAAAGUGACCACUUACCAUCCUGGAACUUCAGAAAGCACAAAACCAGCAUUCUCUCUCUGUCUUGUUUAGGUUAGUUUUUACCAGAAAUGCCAGACUUUCCACUUUCUGAAAUGUCUUCCAUACCCCUGUGGUGCUCCUUUUACACAGUGAUUAUACUGAGUGUAGCUCUUCUUUCCUAGGAACAUACUGCCCCACUGAUCAGGAAUCAUCCUAAUUGUUCCUUUCAGAGAGUAAGAAUUUAAAUUGCACAGAUUUCUGAAUGUACUUACCCGUACACUCUUGUUUUACAUCAAAUACUCUUGUAAAAAUAAAUACUUUUUGCAAGUA